CCCACUUUCUUCUUCUCUCAUGUCUAAAACCCUCCUUUCUCUCAUUAAACCUAAACACAACCAUCUCAAACGCAAACCUUCUUCUCACAUCCGCCAACCCAUUUCACCAAACCUCAAAAGACUUCUUCACGACAUAUUACAUAUCCUCCAAACUCACCAGAAAUGGGAAGAAAUCCUAGAAAAUCAAUUCUCAGGAGAGGUAGUUUCAGAAGUUGCUCCUCUAGUGCUGGGCCGAAUUCACAAUGUCGAAAAAGGUUUAAAGUUCUUCGAUUUUAUAUCUCGAAGGGGUUCUCUUAAUUCUCAAUCUUACUCAUCACUUUUGAAGAUUCUAGUUAAAUCAAAUAGGUUUUCAGAGAUUGAAAUUGUUUUGGAAAAUAUGAGAAAUGAUAAAAUUUUACUUACUCAUGAAGCUCUUAAUGAUCUGAUUAGAGUGUAUUCUGUGUCUGGUAUGGUUGAUAAAGCCUUGGAGAUGUAUGGUGUUUUAGUUAAUGAGUAUUCAUCUUUUCCUACUGUGUUCGCAUGCAAUGGAUUGCUUGAUGCACUGUUUAAAUUCCGGAGAAUUAGUGGUGUUGAUAUUGCAAGACAAGUGUAUGAUGAAAUGCUUAAGAGAAAUGAAUGUGGUAAUAAUUUUGUAGAUGAUUAUAGUACUGGUAUAAUGGUUAAGGGUUUGUGUAGAGAAGGAAUGGUUGAAGAGGGUAAAAGAUUGAUUGACCAUAGGUGGGGUAAGGGUUGUAUUCCAAACAUUGUUUUCUACAAUACUCUUAUUGAUGGGUAUUGUAGGAAGGGUGAAGUUAAACGAGGUUGUGAGCUUUUUGAAGAGUUGAAAUUGAAAGGUUUUGUGCCUACAUUGUUCACCUAUGGAGCUAUGAUAAAAGGGCUUUGCAGUAAAGGAGAUUUUGAACAGAUUGAUGAGCUUAUGUCCGAAAUGAAUGCAAAUGGUUUAUCUGGCGGUGUGGAAAUUUAUAAUAAUAUUAUCGAUGCUCGAUUUAAUCAUGGUUUUGAGGUUGAAGCAGUAGAGUGUCUCAAUAAAAUGAGUGAAGGAAACUGUGAGCCAGAUAUUACAACUUACAAUAUUGUGAUUUCUGGUUUAUGCAAGGUGGGCAAGGUUCACGAAGCGAAUGGUUUUCUAGGGCAGGCUGUGGAAAGACGACUGAGACCGGAUAAGUAUAGUUAUACUCCUCUAAUUCUUGGGUAUUGUAGGAAGGGAGAGGUCUUCAGAGCCUCAAAUUUGAUCAUAGAAAUGACAGAAAGAGGGGAUAAACCCGACUUGGUAACUUAUGGAGCUCUUGUUAGUGGACUUGUGCAUGUAGGUGAGAUUGAUGCUGCAUUGAAAAUACGUGAAGAAAUGAUACAUAGAGGAUUACCUCCUGAUGUAGGUAUUUACAAUGUUUUGAUGAGUGGAUUGUCCAAGAAAGGGAUGCUUCAAACUGCUAAGCAGUUGCUUGAGGAAAUGCUCAACCAAAAGAUUGCACCAGAUUCAUUUGUUUAUACUACACUGAUUGAUGGGUCUGUUAGAAAUGGGGAUCUUGAUGAGGCGAAGAAGCUUUUUGAAUUCAUGGUUGAAAAGGGUAUCAAACCUGGAGUAGUUGGUUACAAUGCAAUGAUCAAGGGCUUCUGUAAAUUUGGGCUGAUGGAAGAUGCCAAUCUAUGCAUUGAUAGAAUGGUAAAACAAUACGUUUUCCCAGAUAAGAUCACUUAUUCUACUGUUAUCGAUGGGUAUGUUAAACUACAUGAUAUGGAUGGAGCUCUAAAGGUUUUUAACCAAAUGGUGAAAAGAAAAUGCAAGCCGAAUGUGGUCACAUAUACUUCUCUAAUUAAAGGGUUUUGCCAGAACGGAGUUUCCGAUAGAGCUCAAGAGCUCUUUAGAGAGAUGAAAUCUUGCCAUGUAGUUCCAAAUGUUGUCACAUACAGCACUCUUAUUGGUGGCUUUUGUAAAGAGGGAAAACUUUCAAAGUCCGCCUUGUGUUUUGAAGAAAUGUUAAUCAAUAAAUGUGCUCCUAAUGAUGUGACCUAUAACUAUCUGAUCAAUGGGUUGAUGAACAAUAAAUCUGAUCUUAUUGUUGUUGAAGAAAAUGAAUUCCAAAAGAAUACCAAGGUCUUACUCGUGGAUGCGUUCAGGAUGAUGGUGUUGGAUAGAUGGGACCCAGGUUUAGCAGCCUAUAAUGCUAUUAUUGUCUGCCUCUGCCGACACAGGAUGCUCAAAUCUGCAUUUGAGUUGAGAGAUAAGAUGACUAAGAAAGGUUUCUUGCUAGAUUCUGUUAAUUUUGCUGCUAUACUUCAUGGUAUUUGUUUGGAAGGAAGAUCUUGCGAGUGGAAGAGCUUUUACACCUCCAGUUUCGAUCAACAAAAUCUUCAAGUUGCUCUCAGGUACUCAGAAUUGUUAGAUAAGUACUUGCUUGGAAAAACUGUUUCUGAAGCCUCUCAGAUUUUGCGAUCCUUAAGUGACAAGGCUAAAACUGACAACCCAUUGGUAGUGUUAAAUUACUAAAUAAUGUCAGAUUGUCAGUUAUGCAGCGAGUGUGAAAAUCUUAACCCACCUUAUAUAACUCUUCUGUGAGAUUCCUUUGGCUGCACAAUCACCAGUGUGAUUUCUGAAGUAAGCUGUGAUGGACAGGAAAAAAUAAUUGGAUUUUGCUUCUCCAUUGCAAUGUGUAUGAAGUAACCUGCUCCGGUUCAUACAAAAAACUAUUGGCAAUAGCUAUGGUGGAAGCUAAGAUGGAGAACUAUUUGCCAUGGUCAAGGGUUGAUUUCAUCACUGGUCGUCUGUACAGCAAUUGGGUGUAACCGAUACAGUAGAUGCCGGACGAUUCGUUGCAUCUGAAAGUGCCAAUCUACCUAUUUAUUUGAAAAUGCAGAAGUGUUUACCAUAUCCAAAGCACAAGCUAAAAAGAUUGCUCAUCAGGUUCAGACCAUCCUCACUUGUAAUCGCGGAAAGAUACAUCAGGUUCAAACAAGCCUCACUUGUACAGUAGAUAGUGUGUUUUGUAGGUGUUAAUGCAUGCAUUUUCAUUAGGAUUUCCUGAAAUGCCUUACUGUUUGCAUAUUUGUUGAAGCCUACUGCAGCCGUAAACGACAGGUAUCCUUUCUCUUUUACAAAUGGUACAUUUAAAAAAACAUUCAAGGCAACAAAUUAUGCACAAACAAAAAAUAAGCACUACCCAGUAGUUUAGUCUCUUCUACAGUGAUGGGGGAUCGAAAGCGGAGACUUAAUAAACUAUUACUAUGCUUAUAAUAAUUCAAAGUAAAACCAAUUUGGCUUACUCUAAUAAUAUAGUUUAACAAAAAAGCGUCUUUAUCUUUCAGCUUGCGUGUCGA